AUGGACCAGGACGGGGACCAAGCGGCGGCGGCGGCCGCCUCCGCGGAGCCCAUGGAGGACGGAGCAGCAGGGGGAGACGCCGAUGCCGCCGCGGAGGACGAAGCGGCGGGAGGAGACGCCGCGGAGCCCAUGGAGGACGACGCGCCCACGUCCUCCCCGACCCCGUCGGCCCCCUCCGCCACCCUGGCCGUCGACGACUCCACCGUCGCGCGGAAGCGCCGCCGCCGCAAGAAGCAGUUCCUCGACAUGGUCCCCACGGAGGGCGUCCGCGUCCUCCGCGCGUCCUCCUCGUCCGCCGCGGCCGCGGCGCAUCUCACCGGCAUCCCGCGCCGCCGCGGGCGCCCGCCAACCAACUCCUCCCUCCGCCUGGCGCGGGAGCUCGACUCCGAGGCCCACAUCGCCAUCGCGGCGGGGUUCCCCGCGGACACCCUCUCCGAGGACGAGGUCGCCGCCGCCGUCCUCCCGCGCAUAGGCGGCGCCGAGCAGGCCAACUACCUCGUCGUGCGCAACCACAUCCUCGCGCUCUGGCGCUCUAAUCCCCUCGCCCACGUCGCAUCCGGCGCCGCGCUCGCAUCUAUCCGUGCCGAGCAUGCGCCCCUCGUCGCUGCCGCGCACUCCUUCCUGUCUGACCACGCCUACAUCAAUUUCGGCCUCGCCCCCUCCAUUGUCUCCCUCCCCCCACGCCCACCUCCCUCCCUCCCAGCCCCUUCCGUCCUCAUAGUCGGCGCUGGCUUUGCUGGCCUCGCUGCUGCACGCCACCUUAUGUCCCUUGGCUUCAAGGUCGCCAUUGUGGAAGGACGACUCCGACCAGGCGGCCGCGUGUUCACCAAGACGAUGAGCUCCUCUGCUGCAGCCCACCCUGACGUGGUUGCUGCUGCUGAUCUUGGAGGCAGUGUGCUCACAGGUAUCAACGGGAACCCCCUCGGUGUCAUAGCACGGCAGCUAGGGUUCCCGCUUCACAAGGUGCGGGACAAGUGCCCGCUGUAUCUUCCCGAUGGCCGCCCUGCCGAUUCUGACAUGGAUGCUCGUGUUGAAGCUACAUUCAACCAGCUUCUGGACAAGGUGUGCCAGCUGCGGCAGGUUGUCGCAGAUAGUGUUCCGCACGGUGUGGAUAUGUCACUUGGCAUGGCACUUGAGGCAUUCCGGGCGGCGCACGGUGUCGCCGCUGAGCCACAGGAACGGAUGCUUCUUGAUUGGCAUCUGGCGAACCUGGAGUAUGCUAAUGCUGCUCCUCUUGCUGAUCUCUCCAUGGCCUUCUGGGACCAAGAUGAUCCAUACGAAAUGGGCGGUGACCACUGCUUCAUUCCUGGUGGGAAUUCCCAGUUUAUCCGAGCACUUGCUGACGGCGUCCCGAUAUUCUAUGGACAGAAUGUGCGAAGGAUACAGUAUGGGUGUGAUGGUGUGAUGGUCUACACUGAUAAGCAGACAUUCCGUGGUGAUAUGGCGCUCUGCACUGUUCCGCUCGGCGUACUUAAGAAAGGGGACAUUGAUUUUGUGCCUGAGCUGCCUACUCAGAAGCGCGAGGCCAUUCAGAGAUUGGGCUUCGGGCUUCUUAAUAAGGUUGUGAUGUUAUUCCCUUAUGACUUCUGGGAUGGCAGGGUUGAUACAUUUGGGCAUUUGACGGAGGACUCUGGUCAGCGUGGUGAAUUCUUCCUGUUCUAUAGCUAUUCUUCAGUCUCAGGAGGGCCACUGCUGGUUGCACUUGUUGCUGGGGAAUCUGCUAUCAAUUUUGAGAAGAAGUCACCAAUGGAAAAUGUUGAGAAGGUUUUGGACACACUUAGAAAAAUCUUUUCACCCAAGGGGAUCGAGGUGCCAAACCCAUUGCAGGCAAUAUGCACUCGAUGGGGCACUGACAGGUUUACAUAUGGAUCAUAUUCCUAUGUGGCUAUUGGGUCUUCUGGUGACGAUUAUGAUAUAUUGGCUGAGAACGUUGGUGAUAGAAUCUUCUUCGCUGGGGAGGCAACAAAUAGGCGAUACCCUGCGACCAUGCAUGGAGCUCUGCUUAGUGGGUACAGAGAGGCUGCCAAUAUUGUAAGAGCUGCUAGGAAGAGAGCAAAAAGGGUUCACUCAUCUGAGGAAAUACAUGUUAAUAAUGAAGUCAAAGUUAAUGAAGUCAAUGAUAUAGUUAAAGAUGACAACAUUGAUCUGGAUGAUCUCUUCCAUAUCCCUGAUGUUGCUUUCGGUGGCUUCUCAGUUCUCCAUGACCCAUCUACAUCUGAGCCUGAUUCAACUUCAUUACUUCGUGUUGGAAUUGGUGCCAGAAAGUUGGGCUCUGGCUCACUUUUCCUCUACGGCUUAAUAAUGCGAAAGAAUGUAGCUGAACUAGCUGCAAUGGAAGAUGAUGAGCAGCGAUUGAGUACACUGUACCGAGAUUUUGGGACAAAACUCGUGGGAUUGGAUGGCUUGGGUGAUGCUGGGGAAAGCCUUAUAUCGCGGAUAAAAGCUGCUUCUAGGAAGUAGCAUCCGGUCAAGUUGUUGGAAGGUUGAUUCAUCUGCAAUAGUUUUGCUCUUAGCAUUGAGUUUUCAGGCCUGGCAUAGCCUACUGACCUUUCAAGUAAUUCGUUCAUUUCAUUGAUUGCUAUAUAUCUCUCAAUUCACAUCAAGGUGUAAGCUGUGCCAUGUAGUACUGGUUAAAUCAUGGAUUGUUAUUGGAGAUCAUAUCACCAUGGGAACUAAUGGAAGAUUCUUACUGGUGUACUUUCCAUUCAGACAUGAUACACCUCUCUGACACUUC